AUGCUUUAAAAUUUAUAUAAAAACAGCUGGGCUGAAGGUUUAAAAUGCAAUUCUGCUAGUGAAAAUAGCCAAAAAAAUGAGUUCUGUGUUGAAAGUAUGUCCAAAUUAGCUCUAGAAUAUUAGAAAUUGAUAGAGGAUGAAUCUAAGAAGGGAGAGUAGGAAACUAAAUUAAAAAAUACAGGAAAGAAGGAUCCAAAGAAGCAUCUUGGUUUGAAAGUGGAUGAAUUGCUUGAUGAAAAUUUAAAUGCUAUAUUGGGUAGGAUGAUGGCUACUAAAGCCUUCUGAUCUGAUUUAUAGUUAAAAUUAAUAAUGAUUAAUAAUUUAA